AUGCAGCAUUCUGGGACAAGCCGCAGUGGGCUUGCUUUGAAUGAGGGUGUUGCGGAAGUCUGGUUGACAGCAGACAACAGUGAAGAUUGUCAACGGGCGUCUGAAAGAUUCAAUAUCCCUGGACAACACAUCUUACCGACGUCUGCUGUUGGAAGCGUCUUUCCUUCGACAUGGUCAGAGCUUCAACCCAAAUUUGAUAUUGUAUUCGCGACCACCUCAGUCGCCAAGAGAUUGGGAGAGCGAACUUUCAGAGGCGUGGUGCGAAGGAAUAGGCGAGUGGUGCUCGUUUCCAAUGACAAUGACCCUUCCCAAUCUUCAUUCCACUUUGGCGCUUCUUCUCUUCACGUCUCUUUCGUCACUGGCGACGAGACUCACGUGUCGCAGGAGUCUCUGGAAUAUGCCGUUUCUGCACCCAGCCUGCAGUCGCUUCUAGAUGCACGCGGCCAAGUCCCUAUGUUUCCGAUCUCGCAACUGGACAAGGUAAUGGCGUUUAUGAGGCAGUCUGCCGGUUCAGAUGCCGCUGUAGUGCAACUGGGCGAAUCGGAGACGGUCAACGUUCGCGUUACGCAAAAAAGGAUGGACUAUAUUGACCCAAAUGCGACGUACAUCAUCUCAGGAGGUCUUGGAGGCGUCGGCCGAUCCAUAGCAAGAUGGCUGGCUGAUAAUGGCGCUAAAUAUCUUGUUCUCUUAUCAAGAUCCGGUCCCAAGGCAAACGAGGCGCAGUCUUUGGCAUUGGAAUUUCAAGGCCGCGGUGUCCAAUGCGAAAUGCCCGCCUGUGACGUCACGAAUCUCAGUGCAUUGCGAGCGCUGCUCGACAGGUAUUCAGCAACCAUGGCCCCAGUCAAGGGAUGUAUUCAGGCCGCCAUAGUACUGAAGGAAUGCAUAUUCUCCGAACUAUCAUUCUCCAGUUGGAAAGACAUCUUACAGCCAAAGCUACAAGGAUCAUGGAACCUCCAUGCCGCGCUUCCAUCAGAUAUGGACUUCUUCAUCAUGCUGUCGUCCAUCAUGGGCACUCUGGGCACCGGCUCUCUAGCAUCAUACAAUGCCGGAAACACUUAUCAAGAUGCUCUGGCGCGCUAUCGAGUCUCCCAAGGCCAGCGAGCCAUCUCGUUCAACCUCGGUGCUGUACCUGACGCAGGCUACCUCGUUGCCGAUGCCGACAAACUGGCCACGGACCCAAGUACCUGCCAUCCCAUUGUCGGUAUCCGUCCACCAUCUCACUGGGCCCACCUUGAAGAAGUCUCGUUUGAGUUAAGCCAGCCGUUCUGGCAGCACAUGCAUCAUAUUCCAUUGCCGGCUGACGAGACUGGGGAUUUGGUCAAUACGCACGGUACAAAGCCCGGCAAGCAAGCCAAGGAUGUUGUUACUAAAUUGGCGGCCGCAACGUCGGUCAACGAGAGCACUGAGCUCGUCAGGGAAGCACUCGCUGCCCGUAUUACGUCGCUGUUAGGGAUGGCAGGGGGCCAACUGGAUGUGCAUCGGCCCAUGCAUUCGUAUGGUCUCGACUCGCUAUCUGCCAUUGAGGUGCGCAACUGGGUUGGCAAGACAUUUAACGUUGACUUGCCUCUUUUUGUGAUUUUAGGGGGUAUCACUUUUGACGGCGCUGCUGCUACUAUUGUUCAUCAGUUUCAAUCAUCAAACUAG